AUGUAUUUUUUGAGGGCAGUGUGACUGUUGUGUCAUUUUAAUUUGACGUCUUAAUUGUAAUAAUGUUUGAUUUAAUAAUGAUAAUAAAUUAAAGAUAGAAUGUCUUACGAUGACUUGUGAACUCGUAUUGUGUAGUUCUUGACUGGGUUAAUCAGUCAGAAUUAUAUAUCUUACGCGUAGGGUCCUGCAUUGUUCUUAUUUAACUGAAUCUCACUUCUCAGAUUUUAUCUAAAAAAAUACAAAAAUGUUAAGAAAGUCUCUAAAUUUAGUGCCAAGACGUCACGAGGUCCAACAAUAUGCAUACUCCAGUAAGCUGGAUACAAUAAGAGAGAAGUUGAGAGAAGGGCCUGGCUUAGGAGAUUUCAUAUCUGAGGAUAGACCCAAGAACUGGGAUGACUAUGAAGGGAAAUUGAAAAGAGAGAAGGGAGAAUCUGAAAGAUUGCGGCUGCCACCUUGGCUGAAGACAUCCAUACCUACCGGUUCUAAAUUCAGUGCUAUUAAAGAACAAUUACGAAGCCUUAAACUGAGCACAGUCUGUGAAGAAGCGAGGUGUCCUAACAUUGGAGAAUGUUGGAGUGGCGGCAAACAUGGCACAUCAACAGCAACUAUUAUGCUUAUGGGUGACACCUGCACUCGUGGCUGUAUGUUUUGCUCAGUUAAAACAUCUAGAGCUCCACCUCCUUUGGACCCAGAUGAACCAAGGAAUACUGCUAAAGCAAUAUACGAAUGGGGCCUUGGCUACAUUGUGCUUACUUCGGUUGAUAGAGAUGAUUUGCCUGAUGGAGGUUCAUGUCAUAUUGCUGAAACUGUUAAAGAAAUUAAGAAGCAAAAUCAUGAAAUCCUUGUAGAAUGUCUAGUACCAGAUUUUCGUGGGAACCGCGACAGUAUAGGAACAAUAGCAAAUUGUGGUUUGGACGUGUUUGCUCAUAACAUCGAGACAGUGGAACGACUGACUCCCUUUGUGAGAGACAAACGAGCCGGAUAUAGACAGACGCUCAAGGUCUUAGAGACGGCGAAGGAAAUAAAUCCAGAUCUGAUAACCAAAUCCUCCAUAAUGUUGGGCCUCGGCGAAACGGACCAACAGGUGGAACAAACAAUGAAAGAUCUCAGGGCAGUAGGAGUAGAUUGUGUUACGCUCGGCCAAUACAUGCAACCAACGAAACGUCACCUCAAAGUACACGAAUACGUCACUCCAGCUAAAUUCAAGGAGUGGGAGAUACUCGGCAACAAACUGGGCUUCCUGUACACAGCCAGCGGGCCACUAGUGAGGUCCUCGUACAGAGCUGGAGAGUUCUUUAUAUCCAGCCUUUUAAGAGAUAGAAAAGCAAAGAGUAUUUGACCGGAGGAUCAUUAGAUGUUUGUAAAACUUAUAAAAAAAGUGUAAAUAGAUUUAGUUGUAUAUAACUUUUGCAUAAAGUUUAACCAUUUCAAAAUAGUUGGAUGAAAUAAAUAUUUAAAAAAAUAA